AUGCGACAUGAUUCAGGCGGCCAUGGGUCAUAUGUUUCAGGGAAAAUUGCAAUUAAGCAUCCUACAACUAUGUAUCUUUAUCUCGGUGGCAAAGGCCAAGAUCAAGAUAAAACAAUUCCAAAUGAAACACCUGCACAAGGCGGUUGGAAUUUUGGCGGAAACGGUGGCGUUGAAUACACCUCAGAAGACGGCUUCACAGAGAAUGGAGCUGGAGGAGGAGGUGCUGUAGAUAUCCGCUUAAUAUACUUUGAUAUUAAUCAAAACAAUCCAGAUAAAAAUAUUCUGAAAAAAUCAAUUGAGAGUCGAAUAAUUGUUGCGGGUUCAGGAGGUGGCGCUGUGUCCGGAGAAUCAUAUCCUUGGGGUGAUAGUAAAGGUUAUCCAGGCGGAAAUAUUUCCGCAAUCACAAAUGGACCUUAUAUCCAUGGUGGUAAUCAAACUACAGGAGAGUUAGGGAUAGGAGACAACGGAACUUCCUCUUCCAAUAAUGAAGGAGCUUCUGGUGGUUGUGGCAGCGGUUACAGGGGUGGAUAUAAUGAAUUGCCUUCAAGAUUUCAAACGGGUUAUUUCCAAAUUGGAGGUACUGGAGGAAGUUCAUAUAUCAGUGGUCAUUUAGGAUGUAUUAGUCCAAGUCAUAAAGAAGAUAAAGAAUCGAAUAAAUUAAAUUCUAUUCAUGAAUCAGGAUUAUUUUUUCGAGACACUAAAAUGAUUAGUGGUAACGAUAGCAUGCCAAAUCCAUUCGAUGACUCAUAUAUGAUUGGCAAUAUUGGUAAUGGGAUUUGUCGUAUAACAGUUCUUUUUGCUUACAUAAAGACUUUUCUUUUCUUUGAUUGCAAUAAUUUUAUAUAUUCUCUAUUGAUUUCUGUUAUCAUUUCUAAGUAA